UUGGCCCACUCUUGGCCUUGAUGACACAUUCCACUAUCGCAGGCGUACGUUCACUCAGGUGCUGGAAGGUUUCUGGGGGAAUGGCACCCCAUUCUUCAGGGAGUGCUGCUCUGAGGAGCGGUAUCAAUGUCGGUCGGUGAGGCCGGGCACGAAGUCAGCAUUCCUAAACAUGCCAAAGAUGCUCUGUAGGAUUCAGGACUGGACUCUGUGCAGGCCAGUCCAUUACAGGGAUGUUAUUGUCUUGUAACCACUCGGCUAUGGACGUGCAUUAUGAACAGGUGCUCGAUCGUGUUGAAAGAUGCAAUCGCGAUCCCCGAAUUGCCCUUCAACAGUGGGAAGCAAGAAGGUGCUUAAAACAUCAAUGUAGGCCUGUGCUGUGACAGUGCCCCGCAAAACAACAAGGGGUGCAAGCCCCCUCCAUGCAAAACACAACCACACCAUAACACCACCGCCUCCGAAUUUUACUGUUGUCACUACACACGCUGACAGAUGACAUUCACCGGGCAUUCGCCAUACCCACAUCUUGCCAUCGGAUAGCCAUAUUGUUUACCGUGAUUAGUCCACACAAUGUUUUUCCACGGUUCAAUCGCCCAAUGUUUACGCUCCUUAUAUCAGGCGAGGCGUCGUUUGGCAUUUACCAACGUGAUGGGUGGCUUAUGAGCAGCAGCUCGACCAUGAAUCCAAGCUUUCUCACCUAACUUUACCUCCUUUACGAUGUAUGACCACGAACGUAAAAAAUUUACAGCAGGUGUGCCGUAAAAGACUACUAACACCAUUAAUUGGGGUGGUGUAUUAAGAGUCGAUCGCAUAGUUUUUCGCUGGCGUUCCGUUGACACUCUGUAGGAGAAUACCAUCCUUGCGGGCAGACUUGUGGCGUCUGCGGAAGCUAAAAGUGGGUACGCUCGCAUGCGCGAGUGCCGCGUUUUUCGCGACGAUGGCAGCGCCGCGGCGGCGGGACGCCGUACUGCGCGGCGCGGCAGACGUUAGAUGGGCGAGGGGCCUUCAGUGUGGGCGCAGCGCCAGAGCGGUGCGGACCGUGAUCAUGGUGAGGUGAUAGGUGCGGCAUGGAGACAGCGGCGAUGCUCAGGUCGCUGUUAGGAUCCCCCCAUCACUCGCCUUCCGCCGGCAGCGAGGGCGGCUCUGGGUCCGGCGUGGCGGCUGCGCAGGUCGUGGAGCUGCCCGCUGCCGCGGGGGCCAGGCUUUCGUUGCUCGACUCCUGCCACCGCAAGAUCCGUCUGCUGGGCGGCGGGCCGGUCGCCUUCCUCGGAGGACUCGUCGCGAAAGCCCGUCGGAAAGAUAAAGAACCAUCAACCCCUAGUGCAGAUGAUCCAAAACUUUACCUCGAAGAAGCGCUCCUUGAGCGAAAGUUACCUGAUAUUGAUCUGAGAGUCUUGGUGGACCUACCAGCAGGAGUAGACUACAAUGAAUGGCUAGCUUCCCAUACUAUUGCAUUUUUUGAUCAUAUAAAUCUUUUAUAUGGGACAAUAUCAGAAUUUUGUACAAUGUCUGGAUGUCCAGACAUGACUGGUCCAGGUUACAGGACCUAUCUUUGGUUUGAUGAUAAGGGUAAGAAAGCACGAGUUGCCGCGCCACAGUACAUAGAUUAUGUGAUGACAUUUACCCAGAAGACUAUCAGUGAUGAGACAAUAUUUCCUACAAAAUAUGGAAAUGAAUUUCCCAGUUCAUUUGAAUCUAUUGUUCGAAAAAUCCUGAGGUUAUUGUUCCAUGUUUUGGCACAUCUGUAUCACUGUCACUUCAAGGAAGUGGUUCUACUAAAUUUACAUGCACACCUGAACUGUGUAUUUGCCCAUCUGACAUUAUUGAAUGAACGCUUUCAACUUAUAGAAGUGAAGGAGACAGAAAUUCUGCAAGACCUAGUGCUUGCAUUAAAAGUUCACUCGGACGCUCCAGAAACGAGCACCAAUGGUGAAGAUGGUAUCCGUGGUAAUUCGGACAGUAAACAAAGUAGUGGUGAUGCCACAAGUCAGUCACCUUCUGCUGGUGAAACAACACCAAUGACAGCAAAUAAUAUAGGGACUGAAAAUGAGCAGGAUACUGAAUCAGGAACAGGGAUACCAAGCAGUUCAAAGUCGGAUCUGUUGACUUCUGUGUCGGAGAAAGAGGCUAAGAAAGAAGAGUCUUCAAAAAAUCAUGAUGCUGUACAGGACGUGUCUCACUAGCUGAAAUGAGAAGUGUGUUGUUAAAGUUUGGUGUUUCCAACAAGGUGAGGAGUAAGCAUUUACUGUGUAGAUUGAGUUAACUAGACAUAGAUUAUAGCCAAAUGAGCCAGAAGAAAUAGAGCAGUUAUGCAAGAUGGAAGGAAGCCUUUAAAACCGUCCCAUGGAUCAUUUGCUAGGAAUUUAAUGUGACAGGCUUUCUCCAACCCUGUGAGAAAUAUUGUGAUUUGUUGUUUGAAUACACUUUUUUUAUUCCAGUUGAUAAAAGAAUGUUUGUGAAUAUUUUUGUUCUGUUAAUUGCAGUGAGGUACCAUAUAGGUUGUGACUGCUAGUUAUUUAACAGCAUUGUGUUAGUAUUAUUUUCUGGUGUGUGUUGAUGAAGUGCAAUUUUGGGUUGUCUAUUUUACCUUUGUAAUAUAAUGUAACAACAGAUUUUGUAACUUGUGCAUUUUGCCAUUAUUAUGCACCUACUAUGUUAAUUGUAAAUACAAAUUUAUUGGUUUUGUCAUAAUUUUCAUAUAAAUUCCAGUCUUUUCUUCAGAAAAGAAAUUAUGCAGACUGCAGAAAUGGCUCUCCCUGUCGACAUGAUAAGGGUUUAGAAUGAUGUGUUUCGUAUGUAAUUGUGCAAUUUUAAUCAUCAAAAUAUUGUUAAACAUAUUUUGUUAAUGGCGCAGAUUUAUCCUUGCUUAUGUGUUAUACCAAAGCUACGGAAGUUAAAAAGGAAAAAAGAAAAAAAAAAUCUGAAUAUUUUUGUAUGUUGCUAAGUGUUGUUAAAAUGUCAGCAAACCUACCAUCUUGCAGUUAUGUGACAAGUAGGUCUUAAAAUUAAAAUAUCACAUACUUGCUAUUGAAAUCCACUCCUUUAAGAACAAAACAUUGUUAUAGACUAGUUUGUAAAACAAGCAAUUAAAUAUAUAAAUAUAUAUUAUGUGUGUAUAUAUCACUCACAAUAAUGUUGUACACUGUUACACAAGUAUUUAUAUUAUACAGAAAUGCUUACUUAUUGCCUUGUUAAUGUUACUAUAAUUGUUAUAUAAUAUAAGAAUAUGAAGAGAGAAAGUAACUUAUAUAGAAGAAUGUGUUAUCUACAGUUUCCUUAAAAUAAUGGCUGGCCCUCGUUUACAUGAAAGUAUGCUUGCAUUGAAUAUUGCAUGUUAGUGGAGGAAAGAUUUUAAUUGUGCCAUUGGUAAGCCAAAACACAAAAAGAAACUAUAAGAAUUAUUUCAUUAAAUUUCCCUCUGACCUCUUUGGGGUUCCUAGUGGUGUCAUACUUAAAAUAACUGGUUUCCCAUGAUUUAAUUAUACAUCUUUAAUUAUUAAAUAACUGUGAAUUUGAUGUAUGUGUUUAUGUUAAGGGGCCUUCUUUUGGAAGUUUGAUGUAUUUUCACUAGUCCGUACAUUUUCCUUGCCAGCUAUUACUUUCCACAUAGCAAACAUUCACUUAAGUUUUUUUAUAUGUUUUAAUAUUCCCCCCACUUCUCAAGUUUGAGAAUGUCUAAAACUGAUAAUUUUCAUCUUUUUGUUAAGACGUAAAAGAUUGAGUUAUCAGUUUGUAGCAUGUUUAGUGCAUAGUUGGGAAUAUUAUCGAACAAAGAUUGAUACAUUACUGCUGGAAUUGUAAGCUGUGUUCAUUGAAUUGUAAAAUUGUAGUCUCUCUUGCCUUUGCCCUGUGUGGUGUUUAAACAGAGUUCUGUUCUGCCUUUUAUCGCUACAGCACAAGAUCCACAUAUUUAUGUUCUGUUAAACAAAUCUGUGUCAGAACAGUAAUACUGAGAGCUGUAUUCCAUACUUUUUAAACUGUCAGUUGGUGUAAGCUAAGCUUUAUUGACAAACACAUAGUUUACAACCUAGUUAUGAUGAUGUUUUACAGGACUGGACUAAGUUGCUUCUCUUAUCAUCUUCCUUUGCCUGGUUUGGUUGAUUAAUUCUGAAACCCCAUGGCCAGCCUGUUAUAAUUUGUUGAUGCAGACCUUCUAGUUUAGCAGUAAUGUUAUCUCAUUUCAUGCAUUUACUUGCACUCAUUUCAGUUUGUGAUAAAAACUCUUGUAGUAUAUGUGCAUUAAUUUUUGCACCUAAGUCUCUCAGUGUGUCAUUUCAUGACCUGAUUGCUGUCUUUUCCUCAUAAAUUUGUGUUUCAAAUGGGAAUGAUGUGCCUGGGUGUAACCAUUGGUGUCGUGAAGCUCUUGCCUUCUUUUCAGAUAUCGCUUGAGUAGUCUAUGUACUCUAUUUCUUAGAUCGCUUUUGCUUCAUCGGGAUGGUUAGGCUCAAAAGCCAUGAUACUUUCAUUUACACUUAUAGUCUGUCCACAAUCACCAUAUAUGCUGUUUCAAAAUAGAUCUAGUAGUGUUGAUAAAUAGAAGUGUAUGAAACUGAUUUUGACUUUGGGGAAAAAUAUUCAUAAAAACUUCACAGUUAUCCCUCUUAGUUGCCACAGUUACAGUUUGAUUAUUUCUCUUAAUUGCGUCAUUGCAGGAUGACAUUCAUCCAAGAAAUUUAAUGUCCUUAUUUAAACAAAACUUUUAAUAUAAUUUUUAUAUCUCUGUGUUUGUGUAGUGUACUUUUUGAUUUUUUAAAGAAAUCGUUUUUCAUGGCUCACCAGCCAAAAUAAUUUUAAAUUGCCCAUUGGAAGGAGCAACUAUUUCACAUUUUCUUCAUGUAAUUCGUGCUUGUAUAAUCAUUUAAAGAUACAGUAACAAGUAUUGGUGGAGAUUAUGUCCAAAAUUUAAACUUGCAAGUUGCAAUUUUAUCUGUAACAUUUUUUAUCACUUCAAUUACUGGGCAUUAUUUACUGGAAUCACAUUCUUUAUUUAUUUUUAUUUUUUGUUGUUAGUUCCAUGGUCAUAAAUAUUAUUGCAGUAUGACACAUAAUUAGGGUCUCAUAGGCUGCAAAAUAUUUUGUGUUACCUUUGUUGGGUAGCUAAAACACUUUGAAUAGGUUUCAUUGUAACUGUUCUAUUAUGUGAGAUUAUUUUUUGCUUUGUAAUCACGAUGAUAACAAAGGUUUUUAUUAUUUGACAGUACAUAUUCCUAGAAAUGCAGUUGAAUAAUGUUACUUGAUUCUACUUCCAAUAUUAUCUGGAUGCUGAAGUGAUAUAUAGGUAGUAUAGAUACAGAAGGAUAUUCCUUGUGUUCAUACUGAUGGCAAUAUACCUAUUAUAAUUUUGGGUAGCAUAGUACUUACUUGUGUGUGAUGUUUGUCAUUGCAGCAGGACAUUGUGGAUAUCACAUUUUACUAGCAAAUGUAACAAAUUUCAGCUUUGGUAGUUCGUAGACUGUUUGUUCAGUAUCUCAGGUCCUUGUUCUUUGAUUUUGCAUGACUCCUAUAUUGUCAGACUUUAUAUUGCCCUUGUCUUCUACCUGCUUGCUUCUCCUUAAUAAUUUUGGUCUGGUCUAUACCUUCCAGUCCUAAAUAUUGAUGAACUAGGUUAUAUUGGUCAUCACAGCAGCUUACUAGGGUCAAUUGUAAAAAUGUAGCUUCAAAAUUCACCCUAUUAGAGGAAACAUUUUUGUUGGGUUGCAGGUAACUGUGUGUAACUGUAGUUAAAUCACUAUGUAAUUUAAAAAUUUUACUGCAGGGAUUUUGCCAAAUAAGUAAGCACAGUAAAGUGUCUGCCAUGUGAUUACAAUAGUGCUUCAUUGAAAAGUAAUUUACAUUAUUCAAGAGAUAGCUUUACCUUUGAUCACUCCUCAUGGAAAAAAUAAUCUUUUGAGCCUCAUGGGAAAAAUAAUCUUUUGAUAGAUGCUUCUGGACAAUUAACCAAAUAUUGAGUUUCAUUUUAUUUUUAAUGUUGUUUUUACAUUAGAUGAGAUCUGAGAGCAGUGUGACAGUAGUAGAAGAUGACAAAACAUUUAUAAGUUAUUUACUUGUAGUUAGUAAUAUAACUGAAGUUCGUAGACACAAUUCUGCACAUUUGGAACUGAGUUACUGUUAAGAAACGGUAGUAAUGAUAGUCUUUCUGAAAGAUCUUUCCUUCACUGAACAAGUCGCAAAUGCAGAAAAUACUUUCAUGUUGCAGCCAGUUCACUUCCUGUCUAGGCCUUCCCUGUUCCAGCAUGGCAAAUUGUACCUGUUAGACAGACUGAGCACAUUAUAAGUAUUUGUGAUUUCUUAAGUUGUUUGUGGUUUUUUGUUCCUUUCAUUUCUGAUGGAAAGAGAAGUAGAUCUUUGCGAACCAUGUCACAUUUGAAAGGUGUAAAAGUUCAUUACUCAAGAUGUGUUAAAGUUAGGGUUUUUUAUUGAUUUUUAAGUGGAUUGGUUCUACCUCCUAAAAUGUAUUCUCAUACCACCAUUUCAGUUUGUGAUAAAUAUUGAGGGGAGGGGGUGGAAACAGUAUUUAAUGAUUUUCAUUUUCUUUUCAGAAAAAAAAUCAUCUUAUAUCACUUAUCCUACAGAACACAACUUUUGUUAAUCGAAAGAAUUAAAUAAUUUAUUUUUGUAUAAUGUAAAAUGGUGAGUCACAGACUGGCCACUUAUUAUACAUGGCAAAUGAAAGUGCAUUACCUCAACAGCGGGUAAAUGUUUAUGCAGAUCUUCUGUACUGUAAGAACGCAUUGAGUGUUCUGCUUUGCCAUGUUUUCCCUAAUCUUAAAUGAAUAUAUUUUAAGUGAAUAUUAGUAAGUAUGUAGCAGGCUGUGGAACUAAGUUACAUUUUUUAGUUUUGUUUGUAUUUCACUGUGUAGUGUUGUUAAUUGAUGUAUGAUAUGUUGAUUUGAGUACUUUAUGUUUAAAAAAGAUGAGUCAAAAAUUGACAAUUGUGGUUUUUUUCUUAAUUUUCUUCCUGUGUAGGAAUUGUGUGUUUACUCUUUUAUUUCCACAAAUUAACAUAUAAGUAUUUGUCUGUACUUCCAUCUGCAUGAUGCAGUAAUUUAUUACUGUAUGAUCAAUUUCAAAUCAUGAAUUCUACCGACUAGUAGUAAUGUCUGUGUCAUGCCCAGAAGUGCUAAUAGGACUAGAUUGGUCUGUUUGCACUAAAAGUGCCCAUUUGAGUACAGAGAAACCAAAAAUUUUAGAAUGAUAAAUAAGAUGUUAAAUACUUGUAUUUUCUGAUUACUGUUGGGCAUGAAGUGCUUACAGUGCAUAAUAUUGUAACUGUAAAAGGCUUGUAGUGAAUUACCUCCAUUUAAUGUUGAUGCUAGAUCAGAAGCAGCAACUUUUUGUAGGUUUUUUCACUCUACAAAAUUCAAUGCAGCUUUCAAGAGGUAUUUUUUUAUGUGUGUAUAUAUAUAACUACAUCAGUUCCCACAGUUUUCUCAAUUGCUGAAGUAAUUAAGUAACGAAAGCUCUAUUGAAUACUGCCUAGUUUUACUUCAGCAGUGAACAUUCUGAAAUAUAAAAAUGAUUGUCAUAAAUCUUUUAGCAAUCUGUUUUCAUUUUAUACUGACUUUUUAUUUUUAUUUUGUACUACACAAAAUUCAGCACCAUAAAAUUAAUAUAUUGUUAGUACCUCACUGAUCAUUGUGAUAGUACUUUUGGUGGAACUUCAUUCAUUUCUCUCUUGUUGUUAUAGUGUUCUAGUGCAGUUGAUGUCCUACCAUUUCUAUGAAAUGUUAUAUGUGUAUAUUCUUUCCUCCAGUUUCUCUGUACAGUGUACUAUGCUUUGCAUGUUAAGUUUCAGUCUUUUGUUCUGUAUCUACUGUAAUUAUUAGUUAUACUUCCUGUAAUAAAAUGUUGCUUUCACAGAC